AUGUGGGGCUUGAUUCGGAAAGACCUUGGGGAGUUCGUCACCACCCUGAAGGAUGAUGCCGCGGUGACCAUCAAGUCGGCCAUGGCCCUACGUGAGGGAGAAGAAGAAGACUACGAUAGCUCGUACGACGACAGCGAGGACGACGAGGCCGAGGGGGAAAGGAACCGGCAGCCGGUAACGGCGGCCAUCCGCGCCAUCAGGGCGGACAUCAAGACGUACACCGAGGAUGUACCCGAGUCGCAGAGCGAGCGUUUCUCGGCGUUCGUGGCGAAGUUCGACCUUGGCGCCCGAACGAAGGACGUCGCGACGAUCCUCAAGGAGGACACGGUUGUCACCAAGAUCCACACGCAGCUGGUCCCUGAACACCUGACGUACGACGAUUUCUGGACCCGCUACUUCUUCCGCGCGGAGAAGGUGGCCAAGGGCAAGGCCGGCGGCGGCAUGUCGUUCCCGAACGAAGACGAAGACGAGGACGAAGAUUUCGGGUGGGGAGAGGACGAUCAGGACGACGGCAACGACAACAACGCCGACUUCAACGAUCACGGGGCGGACGACGACCUGCCCUCCCCCCCUUCCCGUUCCUCGCCGUCCGCCACCGCCGCCGCACGCGCACCGGCACGCGAUCUCUCUCCGCACGCCGGCGACGGUGCGGCCGGGCCACCAGGAGGUGCGUUGGGGGCGAUGCGCCCGGAUUCGCCGCCGCCAGCUGGUGGUGGUGGUGGUAGGACGGCGGCGGGGGGCGGUGUGAAGACUCUCGCUUCGGCGGCGGCCAUGGCCGAGAUUUCUCGCCUCACCGCGGCGCUGCGGGCGAGCGAGGCGGAGCGGGCGUCCGCCUCCGCGGGCGAGGGCUCGCGCGGCGGGAACGGCGGUGAGGUCGACGAGGUUACCAGGCAAAGGGACGCGGCUGUUGCCGAGGCCGAUCAACUCCGCUCGAGCCUGCGCCAGCUGCAAACCGAGCACCAAGAGACGGUCAACAAAGCUACCGCCGACCUCGACGCCGCGGGGGGCGCGGAGCAAGAACUGCGGCGGCAGCUGGCGGAGGCGGAGGCGGCGGCGGAGGAGGGCCGAGCGCGCGUUGCCGCCGCCGAGAAGGAAGCCCGGGCGCACGCGGCCCCGAGGGCCGCGGCGGGAGAGAGGAAGGAGGCGGUAGCGGGGGCGGGGGUGGCGGAAGAGGCGGCGGCGGUAGCGACGGCCGAGACCGCGGCCGAGGAAUCCUCCGCCGAGCUUUCGAGGCUCAAGAAGGCGUUCCGCGAGGAGCGGGCGGAGCACGAGGCUAUGCUGCUGGCAUCGAGGCAGGCGGCAAACGAAGCGGUGGAGGCUGCCCUGAGCUCGGCCGACGCGGACAGAGAGGAGGCGUGCGCCGAGCUGGAGGCAUCGAUGAAGGCGGAGGCCGAGCGGAAGGACCAGGAGCUCGAGGCCCUCCGGGCGCAGCUGGCCAAGUCGAAGGGUGCUAUGGAAGAGGUGUCGGCCCUCAGGGCCGACGUGGAGGACCUACGCCGGGCGGCGGAGUGCGAGCGAGAGGCCGCCGAGAGGGCCGCUGGCGAGGCCAGGCAGGAGGCGGACGUGGUCAAGCAGCUCAGGGAGGAAAUCCGGGUGCUUCAAGCCGCUGCCGAGCAGCCUCGCGUUUCCGCGGCGGCGGCGGCGGCGGCGGCGGCGGCGGCGAGUGCACGAGGACCGAUGACAGGCGCAGUGUCCCGGCGCGGGAAAAUCGCCGCUCGCACUGACAUCGGCGGCGGCGGCGGCGGCGGAGAGGACACCGACGGGUGGGGGGAGGACGAGGACGACAGCUGCGGGGCCAGCGUCAACACCAGCAGCUCGGGGGUGGUCGUGGACCGUCCCCUGUCGGCAACGUCCCCUUCCGGUGACGGCGGAACUCCGCGAUCCCAGGGCGCCGGCCGCGGGAGCGUCGAGGGUGACGGCGGCGGUGGACGCGCCAGCGGCAUUGCUGGGGGAGGGGCCGAGGCUUCCCUGUCCCCGGGUGGCGGGCGGUCGCGCAGAGAGGGCGGGUGCGGCAGCGGCGAGGGGGAUGGCGAGGAUGGUUGGGAAGGGUGGGAUUAGUCGCCCUUUAUUUGGUGGGGGGGGGAGCGCUACGUGUAUCGAGUCUUUGCCGUAGGUGUUCUUUCCGGGGGAGUUGCGUUUUGCCCGCGGAAAAUGGUUUGAUCGGUCGGUAGUUUCAUGGCUGGGUUUGCUAUUGUGAAAUCAGCAUUGUAAUGACCACAGUUUGCCAGACCGUCGGGGUUGUUUUUUUUGUGCAUAUGGCGCAGUUGUCGGUUACUGCUGUGCCUCAAUACAGUGGUAGAAAUAUUCGUGUAGUGCUGAAAAACACAGCUGUGCUGCCGUUUGUCGUUUGCCAUCUCCCGUCGCCCCCGUUGAGGCCUUCUGUCGCGGUUUGUUUGGCGUGUUUGAUUUUGCGCCCCCCGCCAUGCUGGGUCGGUCUACCCAUUAGUGUGAGGAAAACGUGGCUGAAGAGUAUCCCGGGGGUGCCGCAACAUCAUCCAGGGGUAGUUUAGGAAUUCCACACACGCGCCGGGAUCUCUCUGCUCCAUGUGUCACCCAUUGUGUCAUAUUUCUAGUUAAGAAGCCUUCUCUUUUUUCGUUUCGGCCACCUUCUGUUGGCCGUCCGCCGAUCUACCAUUUGUACAGAAAAAUGGCGUGUCGCGGGGGCCGUCGGCUUCCCCCUCUCUAUUGCUUGCAGCCCCGAGCUUUCGGUACGUGAUGCGAUGUAUGUGUGUGGGCAUGUAUCUGUAUUUUGUUUUGCUGUUUGGUCGCUUUUCAGUCUGUUCGACGCCGGCGAGACAAGGGUUGAUUGUGGUUGUUCGCGUACGUACGGGCUUUUUCUACGGUGGUGGUGGCAAGUGUGCGCCGUAGCAUGCUGGCGGUGAUGGCAGAUGUGCCGUGCGGGUGCGCAUUGUAUUUACCAGCGGCGAAGGGGAUGUGUCGCGUUGUAUGACCUACGGAAAUUGUGCUUGGGAGUUGAGUACAAAAGCGGAAAUUCAACCGUUUUUUUUUUUUUUUCUAGAAAGGUGUACCCCUCUUUGGGAAGUGGGAUUGUGACCACACAAGGCGUCUGUCUGCGUCAGUUGGACCAGUACGGAUAUUGGAAGGUAUAAUGAGCGGAGAUCGG